AUGAGGCUUAAAACGUCGAGAUUAAGCUAUCUGUUCCUUCAGUUCAUGGCACUGUGUUUCUACGCACAGACGACCAUGCCGUCCGUCCCUAAUUUUAAGCACCACGUAACGGAACAGAGUCGGUUGUCAGACAGAAUGAGUCGGAGGUUAACGCGGACCUAUCAACUCUACAGCCGGACCAGUGGCAAACAUGUACAAGUGCUGGGCAACAAACGGGUCAACGCAAAUGGAGACGAUGGAGACAUUCACGCCAAACUCAUAGUGGAAACAGACACGUUUGGCAGCCGGGUUCGGAUAAAAGGUGCUAAAACGGGGUAUUACAUCUGUAUGAACAAGAAGGGAAAGCUGAUUGGGAGGAAAAAGGGCCGCGGCAGAGACUGCAUUUUCACUGAGAUCGUCCUGGAAAAUAACUACACGGCGCUGCAGAACGCCAAGUACAAAGGCUGGUACAUGGCCUUCACGCGCAAAGGCCGUCCCAGGAAGGCCCAUGGGACGAGGCAGCACCACCGCGAAGCCCACUUCAUGAAACGUCUCCCCAGGGGACACCUGCUCUCUGAGAGGAGACCCUUUGAUCUUAUCCCCUAUCCGCUCAACAGGAGGACUAAACAGAACCAACGUGCCACUGUGAACUGA